AUGGAAACCAACCAGCUUUUCCUGGAGGUUCAUUCCAUUGCAGAUUUGUGCCUCGCCCCGAUAGAGACCAUAAUAACAUUGUUCACGAUAAAAUACUGUGAUUCUCGCGUAUCGAUUAACUUGGUUGUAACAAAAAAAACACGCAAUGAGGAACGGUCUAAUUUUAUUGAUCUGUCAGGGUUUACUUACACAGUUAUGGAGGUAGACAAACUACCACGAUAUGCGAGUACGUGCAACCUUCCAAACGUAAUAGUUAACGAGACGACAUGUGUGGCUGGGCUCUGCGCGACCCUACGUCAAAUAGUAAAAAGUAGGUGUUUUGAAACGCCAUUGCACUACAGCAAAGCCUUACUAGGAUUUAAGGAUGCAUGUUUGCUGGCCUGCUCGGAGUCGAGUAUCUGGACAAAGUUUUGCGAGGUGGAUUUAAUCUCGACCCUGAAAUCUAUCCAUGGUCAAACUUCAAAUAGCGAUACGAAUGAGAUUCCUGAAAGCAUCGCAAGAUUUGAAUGUCAUAUGUCGCAGCCAGUGAGAUUGCACAAUUUGUACAAGUAUACAAUGUCGAAAAAAUUUUCCAUCAAUGGCACUACGACGGGUAACAGGGAUAAAAUACCAGAACACAUUUAUGCGGAGGGAUCUCAAAUCACAUUGGCGGAUAUCAUAAUAUUUGUCUGCAUCCACACAUUUUUUACACUCCACGCAUUGAGAUGUGAAUUGUUAGAACUCAUACCACUGACAGCAAAGUGGUACACGAGGAUGCUUUCGAGUGAAAUGAUAUCUGAAAGUUUGAGAUGUUUAAGACACUUGGAAUCUCCGAGCUUUGAGAACCGGGUUACCAGCUAUGUUCUUCCCGACGUUGAAAACCAUAGCCUGUAUAAGAGCGAUCCAAAGCGAUACAAGCCUCGUAAUCGCAUUUACACAAAGCAAGUUGACAUAGAUGAUUCAUUUGCAUUAAUCAGUGAGCUAGGCGUCAGCAUCGAGCUUGCAUCGGAACCGUUUGGAUCGGAAAUGACAUUGAACUGGGAUGAAAUCCCGUUUGAAGCAACGCCAGAGGGAGGUGCAUUGCCCGAAACGAGACUGAAGCGUAAGUUUGAGCAGUUAGAAAACUUGUGCAGGCCUGUAAUGGCAUUGGCAAAAAUAGGGGAUGUAGUCGUCGACUUCUGCUCUGGCGGAGGACAUCUGGGGAUAUUGAUAGCCUACUUGAUGCCCAACUGCGAAGUAGUUUUGCUAGAAAAUAAAGAGGAGAGUUUAAACAGAGCCAAGAAAAGGGUCGAGAAACUUCAGUUAACAAAUGUUAGAUUUUAUCAAUGUAAUCUGGACUAUUACAAGGGACACUUUGACAUUGGUGUAUCUCUCCAUGCCUGCGGAGUGGCGACGGACCUUGUUAUCGAACACUGCGUAAGCAGGAAUGCGAUCUUUGUCUGCUGUCCCUGCUGUUACGGCAGCGUACACGAUUGCCAUCAUAUAAAGUAUCCAAGGAGCAAUUUAUUUAAGAGUAAAAUUGAUCCAAGGAGUUAUCUGGUCUUGGGACAUUCGGCAGACCAAACUCACGAUGAAAAUAAUGCUAAAACAGAUCAGGGAUAUAAGUGCAUGUCAAUUAUUGACACAGAUCGAAAAUUACAUGCCGAACAGUUCAACUAUAUCGUUCACCUUGCUAAACUCGUCCCGGAAAAUUGUACACCAAAAAAUCACCUAUUAGUUGGAAUCCCUGAAAUAAAAUCUUAGUACCUAUCGACUUUUGUAACAUAUUUUCAUAUUUAUAUAAGUAUUAAAAUAAAAUGGUAUAUUUUACCUUCCAUACAAUACGGUGUAUUUUUUAUGGCUUGCCUUAGCAAGAUUAGCUUGUGUUUUAACUAAAAUGUAUAUUGCGUGAUUCUAUUGUACAAAUAAUAUGUAGACCGAUAUAUUUAUUAAAACUGAAAUCUCGAUAUUAAACAUGAUAAAUACACGAGUAUUUUUAAAUUACACUAUGAAUUGUCAGUAUGCUGUUGACACUCCUCUACGGUAUCGAUUUUUUUACUGCUGCAAACAUUCAUCUAAAUACUUGAUAAUACAAUAAUGAAUGAUAGUAAUAAUAAUAACCACCAAACGUUGAUGAAAAUAUGGUGAAGAAAUCACGAUACAUAUUCUUUUUUUUUUUAAUACCUAAACACGUAUGUAUGUGAAAAACAAUCAGUAGGAAUAACUAAUUCAUUAUUUUAUCGCUGUUCAAAAUUUUUUAUAAAUUCAAUUAUUAUACUUUCCUCAAUUAUCACAUCAAUAUAAGUUCAUAUUCCACAUUUGUCUGCGUUUAUAUAUUUUAUCUUUGAAUUUCUCUUUACUGUCUCACAAUGUGCAAACUCAUUCGACGUAUUCGUGCACAUAUGUAUGAUUAAUUCUGUACAAUAGUUAUUUCUUAUAAAAAUACGUUUGAACAGCGACGAAAAGAACAACUUUUGCCGUGUUGAACUGAAAUGUUUUAUUUUUUUUUUCCGCUUUAUUUAAAA